AUGAGCGAUGGCAUCUACCUCUUCAUUGGCUUCAGUCAAAAAGAAGAAGAACUCGUGUACAAGAAGACCAAACUGACGGCCGAUGAUGUUCUACAGGCACUGAAUAAGUACCUUCAUCCGAACGAGGAAUGCUUCUUGCGAGUAAUCAACAAGCUAGAAGAAAACAUUGUCAUGCAAAUACAUGACAGCGGAGAAAGCCCUGUCCUGAGCAUGGAGUGCAGAGACGCCGUGCUCCGCCUCCGGGAUCGCAUCAACUCCGGCGACGCGGAGCUCCUGUCCGAACCCGCACUGUCCAUAGUGAAAUUGUCCGAGGUGGCCUCGGGCAACAGACAGUCUUCCGGGGCAUCCAUGUCAUCCAUGCGGCAUGGAUGCCUCCCUAAAUUCCUCCUCGUCGUUCACAUCGCCGUGCUCUCAAUCGCGUUACAGGACUUUGUGAGUAGGCGAUUCCGGGACAGAUGAAAGCGACAUUCGUCUCUUAAGAGACAGGACCAACUUUGUGCGUGAUCAUCAAUCCGUUUUGGGAGUACAAAGACAGG